AUGAGCAACAUCCUCUUGCCGACUCUGACGAGGAAGAGAGAGGUGGACACCAUCAUCAGGGACACCCUCGACAAGGUCCUCAUCCUCCGCUUCGGCAGGGCUUCCGAACGCGAAUGCGUCCAUCUCGACGAAAUCGUAUGGCCUCCGAUGCUUCCCUUUCCUCCGAAGGAAUACUGAUCGUUGUCUUCUUCCAUGUUCAUCUGAGAUCUGAGAUCAGAGUCUCCUCUUCGCCGCUCUCUGUUUCGCAGCUCUACAAGUCGUGCCGGGAUGUCUCCAAGUUCGCGACCAUCGCCUUGGUUGAUGCGGAUGCGGAGGAGAUACAGGUUUAUAUCAAGUACUUCGACAUCACGAUGCUCCCCUCGACUGUCUUCUUCUUCAACGCACAUCACAUGAAGAUGAACUCGGGGUAACUUUAUUUCUCUUAAUUUCCUAAUUUUCUGCUGGUGCUUAUUUCUUUUUAUUUGAAUUACAUAAAAUUGGGGUGUGUGUGUGUGUGUGUGUAACAUAUACGCCAAUUUCCAUAGGAAUGUAGUAGAAAAUCAUACCAAAAUUUUCUUUGACAUUUACGGACUACAGAUCAGCUAAAUUAACGUUGAGAAAACCUACCAGCGUCCUUUCUUGUUCCUCUCAAAAUUGUCACUGCCCUAUUCUUGGGUCCCGACGGAUACCUUGAUGGAUCUGGUGAAUUUCAUGUCUCUGAAGAAAUCUCGUACCUAUUCUUUUGUGGAUGAUCAAUAAAAACGUAGAAUUCAUAGAAAGAGGUAUAUUAUCCCGUUUCCUCCUGUUUUGAUGUGGCCAGUGAUUUUUCUGCAUCCCCUGUGAAAGAAAAUUACUCACUCUCCCGUAAGAUAGAGGUGAAGAGCUAGCAUCAAAAGCUUUGUUCCAUGUAACUUGUCUCUCUCUAUAUUACCUGCAAACAGUGGACAACCUUUUCUCAUUCAGAAUAUCUGAUCCUGAAACUUUUAGGUUGGUCUUGGGGUCCUCGCAUUGACUUCUCUCAUCAUCUUUUGCAGGAGUGCUGAUCAUACUAAGUGGGUUGGCUCAUUCCACACAAAGCAGGAUUUUAUCGAUGUUGCAGAGGUAUCCCAUGAAGCCUCUCAGAAUUCUUGAAAUUGAUCCCCCAUUGCCUGUUGCACAUCUGUUCUCUUUGACUCUGUGAUUCUUUCAUCAACCUAAAGAUCCAUGUUAUGAAAUUCAGUUUACCAUCAAUGAAUGUCUGUGGAUGAUCAUUGAUGCAUCCGGUGCCUAACAUGAGUAGAAGAUCAACAUCUGUAACAAACCGUAAGUGAUUGAAAUUAAUAUUUCGCUAUCUCAGAUCUAUGUCAGUGAAGAUGCUUAAUAUCUGAAGCGUUUUAUGUUAACAAGUUUAUUGACUAAAAAAGUAAUGAAAUAUUCUGGAGAAAUUAUGUGUUGGGAAACUCAUGAAAGUAAUCCCUUUCAUCAAAGUUGCCCAUUUUCCUGUGUGGCUUGUACUGCCUAGCCAUCCAAUAAGGAGCAUAAACCCUCUACGUAUUGGUUCAUAAAUUGAUUGAAACUUGGUUUUAGGGGUUGAGUGCGCUCACGUUUCAACACAGUAGCAUUCUUCUACUAUUUGACGUCCUGUGAAGGCUUAGCGUUCCAAAGAUGGCUAAAACUUUUCAUAUGUCAGGUUAAUCUGGCUCAGGCUCAAAACUAAAUCACAGAAAUCUACAUGUGGAUCGUUCGUUUAGAUUACUACAUGCAUGAAAACAGGUCAGAUGUGGUUCGUAUGAUUCUUCUUUCAAUAGAUAAAUCAAUCUAAUAGACUAGACCAACUCUGAAACGAACAAAAUCAUGGGCAAAUCAAAACGGGGUGUGGAUUUAUUUAUCUUAUAUCAUCACAGACAUAACCAGCACGUCAGAUUCAUGGCAAUCCUUUUUUUUUAUUUUUUAUCCACCUUGUAGCUGAUCUCAUCUACCAUUUGGUUGUUUGCCCGAAGCAGAAUAUUCGCCUUGGAAACAGAUUCAAGGCAUUGGGUCUCUUUGCAUUGGCUCUAUAUAUUAUUUAUUGUCCAUAGAUGCCUUCACACGAGAUGUUCUAAGCUAUUUUCUUUCAUCUUUGUUUGAUGAUCUUUGGGUCUGGGGUUGUGGCAUUUUUCUACACCACAUCAAGAAUUUUUAACUGGGAAAUGAACGUUAUAGAUUUCUGUUCAAGUUCCUUCAUUGGGCACCCGCUUGAUUUGUGCUUCGGCAGGUAAUAUUCAGAGGAGCGAUGAAAGGCAAGCUGAUUGUCAGCUGCCCCCUGCCUCCAGAGAGGAUACCCAGAUUCCAGUUGCUCUUCAAGGGCCUGUAG